AUGGACGAUGGUGUGAAGCAAUGUGUCACCAACAAGCAGCGUGAGAACGCUCAAAUCAAGAACAUGCCAUCGUCUUGGCCGGAUCCAGUGGUACAAGUAGAUGCGGAGGGAAACCAGCAAAUGGGUGGUCCUCGCCAGCAGCAGAAGACAAGCGACAAGACGGCCUCACCCAAGGUAACAGCGCAGAUCGGUAAGAAGGCAGCUGGAGAACCUCGAGCUGAAGACACAACGGAACGAUCCGAUUGGUCCGAUGUGGAAUACGGUCCUGGUUGGGAGCAGGUCUUUGACCCCUCUCCCGCCAAUGUGACCGAGCAGCAAAUGAAGCAGACCUAA